GAUUAGAAGGGGAAGCGAACGUUCUCUGAACAGCAGCAAGCUAGCUAGGAAAGCUGUUUCCAUGAACAAAACAGAACUGUCUUUUUUCUUUUUUUUUUUUAUCGUGUUUCACCUCCGUGGCAGUUUUAAGAAGCCAGACUGUUUGGACGGACUGUCUGCAGUCAUGUUACCAGAACUGGUCGAGUUUGGAGGCUCUUCCUCCCUCCGGUUUCAUGUUGUCGGUGGGUCUCGUUAGUUUCGCCUGAGCUCCUCUCUCAGCUCCUCUGCUGCAGCUGCGUUGGACUGUCUCUGCUGUCAAGAUGUCGCUGCACAGCACUGCAGAGGCCUCCCAGGGUUUGGGGGAACGGGGGGAGCUUGUGCACUCGUUAUCUAAAGAGACCUCAGGGUCUCCGGAUACCUCUGAGUUAGGGAGUCCUCGCUGUGCACCAAACUUUGACCUCCUGAACAUGGUGGUGUCCUUCAAGAGAAUGGCUCUGUUUUUGGAACCGGUUGUAGAUGCACUGGAGCUCUUUCGCUAUCUGCUUGGAUGGAAGAUGCCAGUGUGCUCUCUUCUUGUGUUUGUAUUCCUUAAUGUCUUCUUUUGCACAGUUACUGAAGUGGGCUGGUUCACAGUGAGUGUAGUGGCAGUUUCAGCGCCUGCUGCCCUGGGUUACCUGCAGGACAGGUGCAUGAGCAGAGCAUCAGAGGCUGAGCUCCAGAAGAGGCGCCAUCACGCUGUGCAUCGUAGAGACCUGCAGACAGUGAAUCUCACCAAACAGGAGGCCAUGCUGGAAAUCAAAGACCUGCUGAAGCACCUGGAUGAAAUGUUGUCCUCUGCUUGCCAGUCAGCGGAAGCUAUUUAUAAGGUCUUAUACUGGGAUGAUCAUGCCACAUCAUCAAGGUUUUAUGGUGCAGUGCUGGUAGUGGUGUGUCUGCUGUAUGUUGCUCCUUUGGGCUGGGUGCUUGCCGGGCUUAACAGCGUUGUCUUUCUGUGGAACAGAGACUUCUGCAGAGUUUUGUUGGACCUCAGGAAUAUUCUUCAUCUGGGUCAGACACAGACCUCAGUGGGGGUGAGUGAGGAGCAGGACCAGGGCAACACAGCGGACCAGACCCCCACACCGACCAGCCUGGAGGACCUCUCACCUGGCAGCAUAGAGGAAGCUGAGGAGGCUGAGCCAGAUGAUGAAUUCAAGGAUGCAAUCGAGGAAAAUUCAGUUGCUCUGCAGGAAACCCCUUUGCUCUUGUUGGAGGAUGACGACGGGCCUCUUGGAGCUCCUGAGUAUGACACUGUGUCUGAGAAUGGCUUCUUGAGUCGAAAUGAACCGAUACGCAGCAAGGUCUCCAAACUGACGGAGAGACUGCGGAAACGCUAUCCUGCCACCAGCACAGGCAACUGUUCCAGCUGCAGUGCCGUCUUCUCAGUACUGAAGAAGAGGAGAAACUGCAGUAACUGUGGCAACAGCUUCUGCUCCCGGUGCUGUUCCUUCAAGGUGCUGAGAUCCUGCAUGGGGGCAACAGCUCCAGAGGCACAGAGAGAGACCGUGUUUGUGUGUGCUGCCUGUAAUGCCUCCCUCCUCAAGUUACAAUGAGACUGUGUACUGAUUUUGUCUCCAGAGUCCUUCACUUAAACCCAAACCUACAUGCCUCGGUUCCGUGGUAAAGGCUCAUACACGUGCAGAUAUCUCCCAUGUGGAAAUCCAGGACCGUCUUGGCUAUACCAGCUGCAUCCCUCUGUAAACCUCAUAUGUAGCUUGUGGGAUUGCUACUGUAGUGUGUUUGGACGUUUCCUGCUAAAAUCUGUCCGUGAUGCACAGGACCCCAUGAUCAGAUCAUUAUGGCUUCACAUCCAGAGGACCUACAUUUAUUCCCCUCUCUAAGCUAAGAGAAGCUAAGAAAUGCUGCACAUUUAAGGCCAAGACUGAACAGAAUGGAUGCCCGGGAUUUAGUUUUUACCUGCUUUACAUUACCUGUCUUGUGGGGCAGAUAAGUCUUACUGAGAGGGAUCCUCUGUAGGAAAAAAGCGAUGGUGCUCUGUAAACUUGAGAUGCUUUAGGAUCAAUUUCAAAAGUGGACAGAACUGGAGUCGAUGUGUUCAAAUGAGCAACGUAAUAGUUUGAAGUUUUGUGAUUAGCUCUGGCCAGCUAAUAUGAAGAUUGCACAGUCUUGCUCUUUUAAUAUACAGUAUCUUGAUUUUUUGUUAAUCUGAGCUCCCUGAGAUAAUUUUGUCAUAAACAAUUUGACACAAUGCCCAGUUGUGUUUCAGAAUUAGUCCUGCUGCUGGAGUACUGCCUGUGACCUGAGGUUUGCUUUAUGUCCAGCUGUCUCGGCACCAUCUGAAGGAGCUCAAAGAUCACAGUUAGAAGAAGAACACGUUGAAUCAGCAUAAUUUCAAGUAAAAAAGCACAACCUUCAGCAGAACAGAGACUUUUUCAAAAUGCUAUAAUUAUCUACUUGCCUCCUUCUGGUUUUCAUGUUUUCCUGUGUGGAUAAAUGCGCUUAUCGACAUGCCGUGGCAGCCUAGAAAUCUCCACACUUCUGAAGCUUCUCCUGAAACUGGUUGGAUGUUAAACCUAACUGGAUGAAAGUCCCAGAAUCUGCUGAGAAGACACCUGAAACGUUCACCACAGCCUCACUCUCUUGCAAGCAGGACUUGACUAGAAGAACUGAUUUUGAGGUGUUGAAAACUCGUGUCGCGGUAAAGUGUCGAUUUUUUUUUUAAUCAGACACAGAUGAUUGUAACGGUUCGCUUUGCUUUUAUGGUAAUCAUAUAUCAACUGUUACUGUAAUAUGUUCUAUUUGUUCUAUAUCUAAUAUAUUUAAUUUAAAACUCCAGAAAGUGCAGAUUUUUAUUCAAACAAGUGGGUAUUUGUGUGUUUUUUAGAUAUUUGUAGUCAUAUUUUAAAGGUUCAUUUAUGAUUUUAUUGUAAUAAAUUGUGAAAUAAGUUAUCUAAGUUGAUCAGAGAAGGUAAAGGUAUUUUGCUUUAUUAAAACCAUAUUAACAUUUAAAAACGGUUGUAACCACAACUUAAUACUGGAUGUAGAAAUUCUUAUAACAUUCCUGACAGUUUUUAGCACCAGAAUUAAAUUUUAUUUACAA